AAAAAUGCAGCAAACACAAAAAUUAUUUUUUUCCUCAACAAAAUUUUAUAAAAAUUCAUUUUUCCAAUUUUCUCCAAAAUUAAACAAAUUUAUGCUAAUUUCUAUCAUUUUAACAUUUUUGUUGUUAAUUAACAAUAAAAAUAGCCAAGUUUAUGCUACUCAAGAGCAACAACAAUUUAGUAGGCAAGUGAGGCCUUAUUCUGAAAGAGCUGCUAAUCAGAAUUUGCUCGAUGGUUCAAUGUCUAUGGACGAGUUUGACAACACUGACCCAUUCUAUCGAGCAGCUCGAGAGAAUGGAGUCAAAUGGAUGCGUUUUGGCAAACGAGUGCCACAGCAGAGCAAAUGGAUGCGCUUUGGAAAGAGAGCACCAAGCUCUGGAAAAUGGAUGCGUUUUGGAAAAAGAAAUUCAGAAUUUAUGGAGGAAAAGUAA